UUUUUGUGGGUGUUUAGAUCACGUGACGCGCUGGACCAAUCAGCGGCCGGGACACCCCACCCUCUGUACACUAUGGCAGGUCAAAGUACAAUGAAAAUGGCGGCUAGUCGUCCGAGACGUUUGGUGGCGGUUCUGCUGCAGAAAAGUGGAAAUUCCUGCAGACUGAUGGAUUGAAUACAGAUUUCCGGAGUCUGCCCGUGGACUAGGAAAGUCAGUAGGUCCCGAUCGGUAGCUUUCAAUGGUUCUUGGUCCCAGGACGGGCGGCCAGAGAGGCCAGUUGGUAGCCGCUUUGUUGGAGGAGAGGUGAAGACUCAAGCUGGGCUAGCCGGACCGGAUGCCGAAUGGUGAUCGAGCGACCUGCGCCGACCGAGAUUAUUUCCUUCAUGGAUCCGUUCAGAUCGCGCUUCGGGACGGGCAGUAACCGCCGUGGGGGCGAUCGCAAGCGCGACAGCGACCCGAAGGCCCCGCUAUGGACGGCCGUCUUCGACUACGACGCGAACGCGGACGACGAGCUGACGCUGCGCCAGGGGGACCGGGUGGAGGUGCUGUCCACCGACAGCAAGGUGUCCGGCGACGACGGCUGGUGGACGGGCAAGAUCGACGGUCUGGUCGGCAUCUUCCCGUCCAACUACGUGCGCAUGAACGACGCCGUCAACGGCGACGUCGUGCCCUGCACCAUCGACUUCUCGGAGCUGCAGCUGAACGAGGUGAUCGGGUGCGGGGGGUUCGGGAAGGUGUACCGCGGCGCCUGGCGGGGAGAGCUCGUCGCCGUCAAGGCGGCACGACAGGACCUGGACGACGAUAUCAACGUCAUAGUCCAGCAGGUUCGACAGGAGGCGAAACUCUUCUGGCUGCUGGACCAUCCGAACGUCGCGACUCUCAAAGGGGUCUGUUUAAAACCGCCAAACUUGUGCCUAGUUAUGGAGUACUACGAGGGAGGAGCGUUGAACAGAGUACUGGCUGGGAGGAAGAUUCCUCCGGAGAUUCUUAUAGACUGGGCCCUGCAAAUAGCCCGAGGGAUGCAAUACCUCCACGAGGAGGCACCUAUUCCACUUAUACACAGAGACUUGAAAUCAAGUAACAUUCUAUUAGACGAGCGGAUCCAAUCCGACAACUUGUUCAGGAAGACGCUGAAGAUCACGGACUUCGGCCUGGCGAGGGAGAUGCACAGAACGACCCGCAUGAGUGCGGCAGGGACGUACGCGUGGAUGGCUCCCGAAGUCAUCAAAACAUCCACAUUUUCCAAAGGCAGCGACGUAUGGAGCUAUGGGGUUGUGUUGUGGGAGUUGCUGACUGGGGAAGUGCCAUACAAGGGGAUUGACGGGCUGGCCGUGGCGUACGGCGUGGCAGUCAACAAACUCACCCUGCCCAUCCCUUCCACAUGUCCUGCACCCUUCUCUCAGCUGCUGGAAGAAUGUUGGCACCCGGACUCUCGGGCGCGUCCGACGUUCCGCGAAAUCCUGGUGCAGCUGGAGAACAUCGCCAACUCGGACUUCCUGGACACGCCGCAGGAAUCGUUCCACGACAUGCAGGAGGACUGGCGCUACGAGAUCCAACAGAUGUUCAACGAGCUCAGGAUGAAGGAAAAGGAGCUGCGGUCCCGCGAGGAGGAACUGACCCACGCGCUGCUGCAGCAGCAGAUCCAGGAGGAGGAGCUGAAGAAACGGGAGAAGGAACUGGCCGAACGCGAGAUCGACGUGCUGGAGAGGGAGCUCAACAUCAUGAUUUUACAGCAGAUGGCUGAGGAGAAGCCACCGGUGAGGAAACGGAAAGGGAAGUUCAAGAAGAGCAAGUUGAAGCUGAAGAGUAAACAGGCUCGGAUCAGCAUGCCCUCAGAUUUUGAGCACAAGAUCACGGUACUGAGAUCAGCGCCGACUGUUGAUGGGAAGGAGAAGCACUACCGGCCCAACGGUCCCCGCGCCGCCACCGUCAGCCCCGGCAGCUUCCCUCGCCUCAGGGCCAUCGUCUUGAACAAACCCGGGAAGGGGAAGACCUGGGGCCCCAGCUCGGUGCAUCAGAAGGAGAAGGAGAAGAGGUUACGGUCCAUGUCGGAAGGCAACAAGCUCUGGUCCACGAGCGCGCCGACUCUGGGGAAGAACCUGACAUUAAAGUCCUACCCUCCUGCCCCCAAUAUUAAGAGUGUGCAAGAGACAGACUACGAUGACGAUGAGUGGCCGGAGGAGCUGGGCGGCGAGAUCAAGCGGAGAUCGGGUUACAUCGACCUGCCGUACCGGCAGAACAGCGAGGAGGACACCGAGAAGUCACGCUCUCCCAGCAUCACGCCAACCAACAGCCUCAAGCGAUUCUUUCAGCGUAAGAAGAGCGACCAGGCCCUGUACGAGUGCGCAGCUAUCCUGGCCAGUGUGGCGGUGGGCUUCGACAUCCGGAUGACCAACUCCCCGUCGUACUUGGCCAGCCUGGACUCGCCCGACCGGGCCACACCCACGGCCGACGUCGACCACAACAAGGGCAGCCGCGGCCGGAAGAGCCGCUCCUCCACCCCCCACAGGGCUUCCAUCAUCAACUUCGGCUCCAGCCCCCCCCGACUGUCCAACAAGCCCGACCCAGAUGCAAUAAUCCCCUCGGCCCUCUCCCCCGACUCUACCUCAGUACGGCUCAUCGCCCUCUCCACGUCCCCGGACGCCGCCGACAACCAGUCCACCCGGUCGCUGCUGCCAAACGAGAAGAUUCCCGUGUUCGACUCCCCGACCAAGCAGAACCCGAUGUUCAACGACGCCCACAUCGUCACCAACAAGUGGACCGAGCUCGACCGGUCGCCCCGGGCGCACCGGCGCUCCCAGUCCCUCGACGACUACGACGUCAAGAGCUGGAAGGAGUACGGGCAGAAGUACGAGCACCGGGCGAGCGACGCGGUAUCCCCGGGUGGCAACUGGCCCUAUGCUGGACAAGGGCCGGGCGCGACCACCAAGAAGCCGCCCUCCCGGCCGGGCUCACGGCCCACCUCAGGGGACUACGAGGGCAAGUGGGUCGGCGCGAACCGCUGGACCGACGCCAGCCCCGCCGCUGCGCAGCAGAACCAGUUCUCUCCGCAGAGGAGACCGCCGUCCCGGCCGCCCUCGGGGGACUUCGACUCCAUUCGCUGGGGCGGGAACGGCAGUAACUAUGCACAGAAGCCGCCUUCGCGCCGGCCGCCGUCGGGGGAGUAUGGGUACGAUGCUGCUAAGAGAGAGAGGGUCCACGUCAGCCGCUAUGCACAGACCGGCUACCGCAGGCCGCCCUCCGGAGAGUACGACACCGGCCGGACGAGCGGGGCCGGGCACAGGCGGACUCCGUCGGGCGACUACGACGUCGACAAGUGGAACGUGGCGAGUUCGAGGAGGAAGGAGUACGGGCAGAGGAGAACGACGUCCGAGGAGUACGAAAACGGCAAUACCAGACGCUCCAGCCAAAGGUACAACAGUCGCAGAACGCCGGACGGAGAUCCGGGCACCCCAGACCCCUGGGUCAGCCCCACAAGCCCGCAGACGCCGGUCAUACCGCCCGUGCCGCCCAAGCGGACCAGCGUGUACACACAGACGUCCAGUCCGGAAGACGAGGAGGGAGGGGCCUUGCCUGGCCAGUCAGCCAAAGGUGCAACGCAGUCGCAGGCCACCAAAACCUGCCAGACAGAAGGCACAGCGGCCAAGCUGACCAACCACACGUCCGCCAGACAUCCCGUGCGGGAGUCGGUGGCUUCGGGGCGGCCCGGCCCGCGGGACUCCAGCCCGUGGCGUCUCCCCGAGCCCCCGCCGCCCCGCCGGAACCUCGGCUCCCAGCAGCUGGAGCGCCCAAAGACUCUCGACAUCACCCCCAGACCCCGCCCGACCGCCAAGACCAAGAUCACGUCUCCCGGGGCCACCAGCGCGGGUGGGAGCCCCGGCACGCCCGUCAAUGUGGGCCCCGCCCCGGGCGACGUCAUCUACUCGCCCAAGGUGCCCAUGACGCGUGCGCAGAUCGAGCGGGAGAUCGAAAAGACCCUGCUGGACAUGGACAUGGAGGGCCAGAGUCAGGACGGGACCCAGCCGCUGGUCAGACACAGCCCCAAGAAGGACAAGCGCAGACCCACGGUGUACGAACUGGAGCAGGAGUUCUUGUGACCAGGGGUGUGUUUCCGUGCGCGUGGGUGUAGUGGUUGUCUCUUGACCAGGGCAGUAAGAAGCGAUUUGGGACAGUGACCAAAACUGUGCACAACGUGAGACCACCAUGGAUGAGGCAUUCUGGGAACCCAGAUCGUGGCAACUUGUGAUUCAGAAGAACAGCCUGUUUCAAGUUCUCUCCAGGGCUGUCAUCACAACACAGGCCGUUAGAAAUGCAGUGACGUGGCCGACGGUACACAACUGUUGUUCCCAGAGUGCUCUUGUCGACCGUUCCAUUGCCGCCUUUGUUGAAGGGGUGUAGAGGUUAGUUUUUAUGAACCAAACGUUGCCUGUUGAUCAAGGCAGGGAACAGACAAGUAGGGUAGCUGUAUAUUUUUACUAUCUUACUACGAAAGAAGAAAGUCAUUUUAGAGGGAAAGACGAAAAUGUGUCAUAAGGCGAAAUACUGUAUUCGUUUUAAUAGCUGCAGAUACAGGUUGUGUCAGACAGAUACCCAACGUUUUAUAAUCAUGGCUAUAAAAGAAUCGUUCCUGAAUUUGGAUGGAAAAAUGUCUUAGGGAUGGGCGAUCCUAUUUCCAUUAUCUAAAUUUGAACAAGUUUACAUCCAGGUACGUCAUGGACAGGCUAGGGUACAACCCUAACUCAGACAUACCCCAUCCCUUACUGUAUCAGUCAAGCAGAACUAAGGCCUCUCGUAGUAUUGUGUUUCAGAUGUUCCAAAGCAAAACGAA